AUGCCGUUCCACCCGGUGACGGCGGCGUUGAUGUACCGGGGCAUCUACACCGUGCCCAACCUGCUGUCGGAGCAGCGCCCCGUGGACAUCCCUGAGGACGAGCUGGAGGAGAUCCGAGAGGCCUUCAAAGUCUUCGACCGCGAUGGCAAUGGCUUCAUCUCCAAGCAGGAGCUGGGCACGGCCAUGCGCUCCCUGGGCUACAUGCCCAACGAGGUGGAGCUGGAAGUUAUCAUCCAGAGGCUGGACAUGGACGGUGACGGCCAAGUGGACUUCGAGGAGUUUGUGACCCUCCUGGGACCCAAGCUCUCCACCUCGGGGAUCCCAGAGAGGUUCCACGGCACUGACUUUGACACCGUCUUCUGGAAGUGUGACAUGCAGAAGCUGACUGUGGACGAGCUGAAGCGGCUGCUCUACGACACCUUCUGUGAGCACCUGUCCAUGAAGGACAUCGAGAACAUCAUCAUGACAGAGGAGGAGAGCCACCUGGGCACGGCAGAGGAGUGCCCCGUGGACGUGGAGACCUGCUCCAACCAGCAGAUCCGCCAGACGUGCGUGCGCAAGAGCCUCAUCUGCGCCUUCGCCAUCGCCUUCAUCAUCAGCGUCAUGCUCAUCGCAGCCAACCAGGUGCUGCGCAGCGGCAUGAAAUAG